AUGGGAAUCGACCUCUCCGAGGUGAUGGCUGUCCCAAAGCCUCUAACCGGAUUUUCAGGAGAAACAACGAUGACUAUGGGCACAAUCAGGCUCCCCGUGGUGGCUGGUGGAGUCACUGAGAUCGUCAAAUUCUUGGUCACCGACCACCCAACGAUCUAUAAAGUGAUCAUGGGAACUCCAUGGAUAAACACAAUGAGACACAAACUGAGAAAUCCUGUCACCGACGCACGCGCAUAUGUGGAUCGCAAGAAGCUUCAGACGGAUCGAGAGCCCAUAAACGAGCUUUCCAAACCCUUAUACCAAUCACAGAUCGCGGAGAGUCGCGAGACAUGCACCGAGCCGGUAUAUGAUGCGGUAACUUGGUGUGCAUACGAAGCGCAUCCAGAGAGGUGCGUCGAGAUUGGAACCAAGCUGGAAGAGCCUCUGAAGAACGAACUCCUCUUCUUCCUCAAGGAGAAUAUCAACACUUUUGCUAGGAGCGUACAGGAUAUGCUGGGCAUAAGCAUCGACGUGACCUGUCACGAGCUAAACGUAGACCCGACCUUUCAACCGAUCAAGCAGAAAAAGAGGAAGCUUGGCCCUGAACAAGCUAAAGCUGUCAACGACGAAGUGGAAAGAUUGCUCAAAGUAGGAUUGAUUGCCGAAGCAAAAUAUCCGGACUGGCUCGCAAACCCGGUGGUAGUGAAGAAGAAAAAUGGCAAGUGGCGAGUCUGCGUAGACUUCACAGACCUCAACAAGGCGUGUCCAAAAGACAGCUUCCCUCUACCGCAUAUCGACGGUGGGAAACAGGUUGUUGACAUUCAUGGACGCGUUCUCAGGUUACAACCAAAUCCUGAUGCAUCCCGAUGA